AUGGAGAUGCAAGUUGACACCGAGGUGCAGGGUCAGUUAUUUAGGUGUUUUAUGGUUAGGGAGUUGAAGCGUAGUAAUAGCGAUGCGUUUGUUAUCGAUAUUAACGGGGCGGAAUUGACAUUCGGACUUUUUGAAUUUGCUUUAAUUACUGGUUUGAAGUGUUACGGGGAUGAAGUUGUUUUUGACGAGGGUUCUAACAGAUUGUUGGAUCAAUAUUUCGGUGGUUCUGAUAAUAGUGUUUUAAAGAUGACUUUAAAUAAGUGCUUUGAAGACAAGGAUUGGGGUGUUGGUCAUAACGCAGAUGAAGAUGCUGUAAAGAUUGCUAUCCUGUAUUUCAUUCAUAAUUACAUACUUUCAAGUGAAAAGAGGAACAUCAUAGUCCCAAGACAUCAUGUUGACUUGGUGGAGAGUGAACAGUACAAUGACCAUACUUGGGGUAAGGAAGCAUUUGAUGAUUUGAUUAAGAGUAUUCACCACAAGAUGGACAAGCCGAAGCAGUUUUAUUGUCUACGGGGUUUCCCUUUUGCUAUGCAAGUGUGGAUAUAUGAGUGUUGCUCUAAUGUUGACCCUAAUUUAAUGGUUAAAACCGGAAGCCGAAUCCCAAGAAUGUUUAAUUGGAGAACAGUGAACCCAAAGCCAUCUGUUAACUACUUGAUGUUGGGCAUGUUUAAGGACGGUGAGGCAUGUGUGAACCCAAAGCCAUCUGUUAACUACUUGAUGUUGGGCAUGUUUAAGGACGGUGAGGAUAUUAGUUGUAAAUUCAACAACAUUGUUCCGACCAUAUCAGAGGUUGAGAAGCUUGGUCUGCGUGCAUAUCUGGUCAACAGACGUGCACCACCACCCCAAACUCACCAAGAGGAGGAAAAUGAAUAUGCUGAUUUUACCACAACACCUCCCCAUGUUGCAACUGCCAAGAAAACUCAAAAGAAUGAUGCUUCAAAAUCUCCACCGCACAAGAAGCCCAGGAAGAUGUCGACGGCAACAUUGCUUGUUCAGAAGUCACCAGCCACUAUCCCAAAAAAACCUACAGUUGGACAAUCAUAUAAAAAAUCAGCUUCGGUGGAUCUUCGCAAAACUGUUGAUAAAAAUUUCAAAAAGGUUUUGAAACAUGUCAAAGGGAAACAAAACUCAGAAAAGGAUGAUGACAGUGAAACACAUGUUCCUUUACAUGAUGGCAACAUACAUCAACAAGCUGAUGAUUACAUGGACCAUGAUGACGAUAUUCACAUGGAGACUGAUAAGGGUGAUGUGCAUCCAACAAAGGAGAAGGGUCUUGCACCGGAUAUUCAAGUCGGUAUUGGCAAUGAUAGCGGCGAUACGCUGAAAGCUUCAACCGAAGAGAUUGCGGAAGGAGGUGAUCAUUCAGGAGAACCGAAGACUUCGGUUGAACGUCCGGUGGAUCCAACAGAGGGUAUUGCACCGGAUAUUCAAGUUGAUAUUGGCAAUGAGAGCGGCGAUACGAUGGAAGCUUCAACCGAAGAGAUUGCAGAAGGAGGUGAUCUUUCAGGAGAACCGAAGACUUCGGUUGAACGGUCGGGGAAACAAACUAUGGAAGAGAAAAAAUGUUCUGAUGAUUCAAAUAAUUCUGAGAUGAUCGCACAGGUCCUAGAAAAUAUAGCAGAAUCAGAAAUGACUAACGAACAAGUUCACGCAGAAAAAACCGAGGAAAACACCAGCUCAACUGUCUUAGAGGAACCCCAGGCAGCAGUUUGUAACGCUCAGCCGUUGUCUCAGUGGUUGUUGCCUGAUGAGUAUUUACCAAGCCAAACCCCAGGGAAAGAAAUCAUGUUACAUCCAUCAGUCACACGAACUACACGCCCCAGUAGUAGUUCGGGCAAGAAUCAUGUACAUGGGUUUGAUAAAAAGUAUCCAUUCCAGAUAGAUCCCAUUACUGGUCCACUUGAUGUACAGAUGGUGGAUGAAUACCGUACUUGGCUCCGAAACGAAAGAACAACGAAGACCGUUACAAAAAAAAAAAAAACAGUUUUUGACAAUGGAGUCAAAUACAAUUUUGGCAUCACAACUGUCAAUGAUAAGAACUGGUUUUACCUGUUAUCGAUGGAUGGUCAGCUUUGGAAUGACGAGCACAUUGACGUCAUUUUCUAUUACUUUCGGAAGAAAGGAAAGUACGAUAAAAGGAACAAUUUCAGCUUCACCACUGUUGACUGCCUAUUCAAGCAGAGAAUUGAUGUGGUCCACCACACACAUCGCAAUGUUGAAACACAGACAAAUGUGGCAAAUGAAGAGCAAGUAUUGAUUGAGUAUGUUAAGGGACACAAGCUUAUUGCCAAUGUCCCGUGGCAUACUGUUGACAACGUGCUAAUACCGGUGAAUAUACAAGAAGAAAAUCAUUGGUUAUUGGUACUCCUUUCAUUCAAGGACAUGCGUCUGUAUGUUUACAACUCGUAUCAAUCAGCCGGGCACAACGCAGUUGUUAGGAAUGAAAUAAAAAAUCUUGCUACACUGUUGCCACAUUUCCUACAUCUGGCUGGAUUCUAUGUAAAUAAAAAAAGCAUAGAUUUGGUGAAAGACCCAGCAUAUGCGGAUAAGGGGCAGAUCGAUAUCUUUGAAGUUGUCUAUGUUGAUAAUCUUCCGCAUCAAACUGCUGGUAGCACGGACUGUGGUAUUUUUGUGGCAGCGUAUGCUGAGUAUUUGACAUCGGGUGAAAGGAUCCCAAAUGUCAUUGAUGCACACAUGCAGCGUAUGAGAUACGGUGCACUCUUAUGGGACUACGCUGAAGGCAAGGUUGCUGAUAAUGCAGAGAGUGAUAAUGAAGUUCCACCAAGACCGAUUAGGCCAGCAAUCGAUUAUGACAUUGUAGAUUCAAUUGAUGUUUGA